AUGAACUUCAACCGGGCCAAGUGCAAGGUCCCGCACGUGGGUCACGGCAGUCCCAAGCACAGACACGGUCUGGGCGGAGAAUGGCUGGAGAGCAGCCCUGAGGAGAACGACUUGGAGGUGUCGGUUGAUGAGAAGCUCAACGUGGGCCGGCAACGCCACGACAUUAAUGGAGCUCUGGAACCAUCUAACAUCGACACUAGCAUCCUGGAAGAGUACAUCAGCAAGGAGGACUCACCAGAUAUCUGUUUCCCUGACAUCCCUGCUUCAGCCAGCUAUGCGCACCCCCAGCCCUCCAGCUCAACCGCCGUCAACCCGCCUCCUGCCAGCUCCAUCGCCAAUGUGACCAACCCCGCUUCCAGCGGUUCCCUCCACCUUCCACCCCCGGGCAGCCAGAUCCCAAUCCGUCAUGGUCCUCUUCUGGCCAACCCUUGUGGACCCGGCUACGGUGCUCACCUCAACUGCAAUAACAACAAUGGCAUGGUGGUGCCCAAGGGCUACCUCGGUGGCCACUGCCUAAACAACGUGGUCCCUCCAAUCAAAUCAGAGCCCAAGGCCUCCUACGCACCUGGCACUUUACCUGACUCUCCCCCGGAUUCGGGAUCAGAAGCGUAUUCCCCUCAGCAGGUGAACGAUCCUCACCUCCUCCGGACCAUGACCCCCGAAAACAUGUGCCACAUGACUCCCCCUUCUCGCCUGGAGCAUCCGCCGCCGCCGCCGCCCCCUCCACCUCCCCACCCCGCUCAGCGGGACAUGUUCAUGAAGGCUGAGCCCCUCAUGCCGCCCUACGGCAUCGGGCAGGGCAUGGCGCCCGCCGACCUCCACCAUGCCCAGCAGUCGCAGAUGCUGCACCAGUUACUCCAGCAACAUGGAGCAGACCUCCCGGUGCACCCUGCCAAGAAGCGGAAACACUCCGAGUCCCCCCCCAACACCCUCAACGCACAGAUGCUCAACGGGCUGAUAAAGCAAGAGCCGGGUAUGGGGACCGUGCCGCUCAACCCUGACAGAGUCCAAACUCCUCCCUGGCACCAGCCGGGACCGCUCUCACCAGGCCUGAUUCAAGAUAACGACAGCUUGAAUGGCUCCUACCUGGAUCCCAACUACCAGUCGAUAAAGUGGCAGCCGCACCAGCAGAACAAGUGGGCGACUCUGUACGAUGCCAACUACAAAGAACUCCCGAUGCUCACCUACCGCGUCGACGCCGACAAGGGGUUCAACUUCUCGGUGGGUGACGACGCCUUUGUGUGCCAGAAGAAGAAUCACUUCCAGGUCACGGUCUACAUCGGCAUGCUUGGAGAUCCCAAGUAUGUGAAGACCCCCGAGGGCCUGAAACCCUUAGAGUGCUUCUACCUGAAGCUGCACGGAGUGAAGCUGGAAGCCUUGAACCAGUCGAUCAAUAUAGAGCAGUCGCAGUCCGACCGCAGCAAACGGCCCUUCAACCCUGUCACGGUCAACCUGCCUCCGGAGCAGGUCACCAAGGUCACCGUGGGGCGGCUGCACUUCAGCGAGACCACAGCCAACAACAUGCGGAAGAAAGGCAAACCCAACCCAGACCAGAGGUAUUUCAUGCUCGUGGUGGCCUUGCAGGCACACGCGCAGAACCAGAACUACACGCUGGCAGCCCACAUCUCCGAGCGCAUCAUCGUCCGAGCUUCCAACCCUGGCCAGUUCGAGAGCGACAGCGACGUGCUCUGGCAGCGGGCGCAGCUCCCCGAUACCGUUUUUCACCACGGCCGGGUUGGCAUCAACACCGACCGCCCCGAUGAAGCCCUCGUGGUCCACGGCAAUGUGAAGGUCAUGGGUUCGCUGAUGCACCCUUCAGACGUCCGAGUGAAGGAGGACAUCCAGGAGGUGGACACCACAGAGCAGCUGAAGAGGAUCUCCCGGAUGCGGCUGGUGCACUACAACUACAAGCCCGAGUUUGCGGCCACGGUGGGCAUUGACAACGCCUCCGAGACAGGUGUCAUUGCUCAGGAGGUAAAGGAGAUCCUCCCCGAGGCUGUGAAGGACACCGGAGACCUGGUCUUUUCCAAUGGGAAAACUCUUGAGAACUUCCUGGUGGUGAACAAGGAGCGCAUCUUCAUGGAGAACGUGGGAGCCGUGAAGGAGCUGUGCAAACUGACGGACAACCUGGAGACCCGCAUCGAUGAGCUGGAGAGGUGGAGUCACAAGCUGGCCAAGCUCAAGCGGCUGGACAGCAUGAAGUCAACCGUGAGCUCCGGGACGUUCAGCCAAACGGGAAGCCAGUUCAGCCGUGCGGGAAGCGUGCCCCACAAAAAGAGACCCCACAAAGUAGCCAACAAGUCACCGUCAGUCGUCCCAGAACAGGCCUGCAUCAGCCAGCGCUUCCUGCAGGGCACCAUCAUUGCCCUGGUCAUCAUCAUGGCCUUCAGUGUGGUGUCCAUGUCCACGCUCUACGUGCUGAGCUUGCGCAGCGAAGAGGACCUCGUGGAUAUCGAUGGCUCUUUCGCUGUGCCCACUGCCUGUCUCCUGGCCCUCUUUCGGCACGGGGGUCCCGGGGUCCCGGUCGCUCUAUGCCCACGAUGGCUCUGCUCCCCCUCACCCUUGCGCUCUCCACCUCUGCCUUUGCUCCGCGUACCCGUCACAGAGGACACGCACGACUUAGUCUUCGGCUCCCCUGGUCACAGCGUGUUAGCCUGCUUCAGCCCGCCGUGUUUCUCCACCUGCUGCUCUGCUGCUCCCACCAAUGUCUCCUCUGUUGCCCUCUCUGACACCAGUCCCACUCAUGCCACUAACCGGACAGACCAAAGUCAGACCUCACUCCUGCCGGUGACAAAUAUCAAAGCCAAAUCCAGGGGCAUCGCCGGGAAAGCCUCUUCCUACGCCAAGUGGCCAAAGACGCCUGACAGGUCUCAGAGCUUCGGCAGCCCCAAUGCCAGCCCCUCCUCCCCCUUCACCCACAGCCAGGCCAAAUCCAAGUACAUCUCCAACCUCUCGCUCUCCCGCAGCAACUCCCCGCCGGGGCAGAGCCGGCAGCAGCGCAGCAUCAAGCAGCCGGUGAGCGAGUGGCCCCGCACGGAGGAUCCCGGCACGGAUGGGCCAAGCCCAGCGCUGCGCUCCAUCCGCAUCACGGAGAUCAACAUGGCCAUCCAGUCCCAGCACUGCGCAGCCGCCGACGCGUGCAGGAGUGGAAACUUCACCUACCGCAUCCCCAUCAACCAGCUCACAGCAGCCAACACCAACCUGACCCUGGAGAUGAACUCCUCCUCCGCUGUGUCCGUCUCCCUUUGCGGCCUUGUCUCCAGCGACCCCUGCCAGGAUGCCGCGAGCACGAACAGCUCCACCGAUGCCACAGACGCGCAGGAAACAACGCACCGUUGGCCUCUCGUGAUGAUGUCUUUCCGGGAGUUCACCUACCACUUCAGAGUCGCACAGCCUGGCCGAGCCAACUGCAGCGCCGCUCCCGAGCAGAUGGGACACCUUUUCACUGACUAUUAUUUUCAGUUUUACUGGCUCUGUGAGUGA